AUGAGAGGGAAGCCUGGCUCAACAAGUGCUAGGCCGACCGUUAUUAUGCUUGCCGACUGGUCAACCGAGAAGAGCGACUCUUUUACUCGCGCAGCUCAACACAUGGCCACCUACUUAGGCAAGUUUUCCCGAAUGAUGAUGUCUCCGAUCUACGUUGAGAUUGUUUCACGGGAUCUUAUCAAGACCAAGUACUAUGGUCGAGUCAACGAGCCUGCUCUGUCUAGGGCGUGGGAUACUGUCCGCGACCUCAUAUACGAACGACUUCAAUCCCUCCCAACAACAAGAGGUUACCUAACAUGCCUCGCCCUUCAGAAGUUUGGGGUCAAUCCCCUCAUCAAUGCGAACCCAGCAACAGUCUACAUCUCAAUGGACCACCGCUCAGAUGAGACAAGUUGGUAUGGCGUUGUUUCGGCCGUCAAGGACGUCCUUGAUCACCUAGGAGGAUGGGAGCAUGUCCAGAUUCACAUCGAACAUAAUCUGAACUGGCUAAGUACUUACGAACCGUUACCCUUAGAUCCAAGCAAGAGAGCCAAGGGCGAAGCCGCAAACAAACGCAUCAAGGGUGACUACAACAAGACAGUACAGAUUGGCGAUGACUUCAGCCCUUCGCGCUAUAUCCUGGAAGGUGAUCAGAAGCAUAAUUCUGGCUUUGGGACGCUAGGUUGUUUUAUUCAGAUCAAGAGAAAGUCUGAUCCUCAAUGGCGUACCUGUGCCCUUACAAAUCACCAUGUUGUCAGAGCUGCUUUUGAUGGAUUUGCCUUCCUUACGGGACCCGAUGGCGAGAUUCAGAAACUACCGCCACCAGAGGGCAGCGACCUUCGGAAAGUUGACUUCGAUGGCUACAACGCAUCUUCAAAGCUCAGUCAUGAGGUUGCCAGUUUCGAAAGCCCAUCCCGAGCCAAGCAUAAUUUCACUAUGGGUGUCAUCGAUGAAGACAUUGACGGGUUCCGCAAUAGACUCAGCCUGAAGGAAGAAGAACUUCGCGCUUCCAAGCAUAAAAAGGCCAUAAGAGAGUCGAUCCGUGAGCUUAAAGCUCAAAUCGCUAGUAUGGAGACCGAAAAGAAAGCAAAAGAAGCUUUCAUCAAGCAGGACAAACAGGUUCUCGGCAAUUUAAUUGCUUCUUCAGGCUUCAGACGCCAGGUUGGUAGCAGGAGGAUGGAUUGGGCGUUGAUUGAGCUUGACCCAUCUCGACGUUGGUCUAACGAUCUCCCCGAAUUAAAAGUCUGGCUAUCGAAGUACGAAGACCCAACGGCGGCCCCGUAUGCAUUGGGGACUCCCAUACAGCCAAGAAGCGAAGGGAAGUCAGCAGAGGGCCCAUGGGAACUCGGUCAUAUCUUCAAAAUGGGAACUACUACUGGAGCAACAACUGGAAAAUGGUGGUGGGAGAAGCAGAGGGUCACCAUAGAACAUGACGCCUAUCUUGGGGAGGCGCGUCUUGUGACUGAUGAGUUCGUCUAUGGGCCAAGGGAGGAUAUCAACCCUAUCACCAAGCUGUGUGCCCACGGAGACUCAGGCUCAGUAAUCUUCGACAAUGACGGUGGGAUUGUUGCCUUGCUGUUUAGAGGACACAAACAUAACGACACCUACGACGAUGGCUAUGGGUAUGUCACUCCCAUUGAACAUGUCUUUGAUGACAUCAAGGACUUUACGGAUAUCACAAACAUUCGAAUUGCCGAAUGA